AUGCCCAAUGCCCAGGGCUUCUUUCACGGAGCACGGGGUGUUCUUCCUUUGCCCCUUGCAUCCGGACUCAGGAGCUACAUCUUCCUCUUGUCGAGGAUCGCACAAUUCUUGGUUUGGUUCUCCCUGACCACGUCCAUGGUCCUAUCAGGCCUCAUCUGUGGAGUCUAUGUUUUGAACUACCGCACCGGCAGUUUGAGUCAGAUGGUGGGCCGGCCAGAAGGAUCUUGGGUGGAUCUGGUGAAUGCUGCGGGUUCUGGAGCGGUCUUCAUUCUCCUCUUCUGUCAGAUCCAAUACAUCCGUGAUCGCAUCGACCGGGGCGUCCUGAUUCUGGAAGAUGGCUGUAGAUGCAUUGUGUCAACUCCUAACCUCAGUCUUUUGCCGCUUUGGACCUCAGCGUUCCGCCUGUAUUUGUUGGUGUGGUGCGGCGCGGUGGUGUUGCUCCUCUUCAGUUCCGAGCUGCAUCACUCCGUGUCCCUUGCCACCCAUAACCACUACGGCGCAGAUGAUCCGUGGAGCUUCAGCAUCUCGUUUCCCCCCGAGAAGUUCGCCAUGAUGGGCUUUGUGGUCCUGGCGGUGUAUUGGUUUCUGAUGGUGGAUACGGCCUCAGGCAGCUUCAUCUACUACUUCUUCGGACAGCUUUUUCAACUGCAAACCCAAACGGGCGCGCAGAAGUCCUCCUGUCGUUUGAUGAAAGCCUACUGCAUGCUGGCCUUUUAUCACGGAGGAUCGGUGAUCUUAGCCGGGUUCUUGACGAUGUUUCUGUGGCCGGCCCACUUGAUCUUGGGGACGAUUGACGACGCUUCCUCAGGACCAUUGGGCUGCAUCAUCGAGAGCAUUUGCUGCUUUUUGCAGCUCUACGAGGAGUGGUUGGCGCCCUUAGACCUGGAUACCUUGCAGGACAUCUCGCUGCAGGGCAUGGCCUACUUCGAGGCCUCCAAUCAUCUGAAGAAGAACAAUCUCAGCGCGGAGGUUCGGGUCCUCUCCACGCAGAUCCGCUUUUUCCAGCUGGCUGGCUUCGCUCUGGCGGGAGCUCUGGGGUAUUUGACCACGAUGCUAGUGCUGCAAAGCCCAGAGUACAAAGAGGCGUCGUCGCCACACUAUGUGAGCCAAAGCAAGAUGCCCAUUCACCUGGUGGGCGCCGGGCUGGGCCUUUGGUGCUCCUUACCCUUCAUGAGGGUCUUCCACCUGGUCUCAGAGGGCAUUCUCUACGCGAAGUAUGUGGAGCGGCAGAGACAGCCCAAGCCACCGGAAUUGGGUUUCGACAUACUGGGACAUCACUACGACUGUUGCUGA